AUGGGGUUUUUAAGGGUGGGAAAUGGAGGGGAGGGGCUGGGGUUUUGUUGGUGGGGGGUGAGGCGUUUGGGUGGAAGCCCUUGGGUUGGGGGUGCGAAGGAGGGGGAGGAGUUGGAAUUGGUUAAUAAGAAGGGUCAAUUUGAGUGCGGGGAUGAGGCGUGGGGUGUGCUGAGGUGUGUGUGGCCUAGACCUGAUCUUUUAAUCCUCGGCCUAGGAAAAGAUAUGCGACCUAUAUCCCCCAAAACCCGCGCAUACAUCAAUGGCCUAGGAAUUCAAAUAGAAAUCGCAGAUACAAGGAACGCAGCCGCGCAAUUUAACCUGCUGGCGACGGAACGAGGGGUUGGAAGUGUGGCGGGAGCAUUGAUGCCGAUUGGACGGUAAAUGAGGAGGGUUACAGGUAAUAUGGCAUUGGUGUCUACGAAAUGAACAGAUAUAUAUUUGUACGGCUAUGGGGUAUAGAAAAUGAUAAUACAUGACGAUAAUAUACUCAAUGGACUAGAGAUGGGACGAAGGACUAUUAUCUCCAUGAAAAUAUUUCGGGGAGAAAAUGAGGAUAUUGUAAAUCAAUAGGAUGGCGGACACUGGAGAUUCAUGUCGUGAAGAUAGAAUAUCUCGCCCGUUGUAUACUGUACAUCGCAGCUCCAGGGAGUUAGUUGAUGGUGUGUUCUAUUGUAUCAUGACAUUUGUAUCGAUUCCAGGCUCGAUAUGUUGACGAAGUGUGGAGAUAUGCAUAUCAGUGAGUACAAAAGUAAGAUUACAAAAGUAUGAAUACACAAUUUCGAAUGCAAAUUUCGAAUCUAGGCAGUUGUAAUAAGAUUACUUGAUGAAACGCAAAAUGUUCACCUGG